CAUCAACUCUUUUUGUGAAUUUAUAAAAGUUUCUAAUAUCGUAAAGUUUUGUUUUUCAUUUUUGGUUAUUUGAAUUCUAAGUAUGAUAAAAGUUGUGCGUGAUAAAAGAUUAUGUGAGAGCUUAGUUUGAUGCAGUGUUUUUAUUGCUUAUGUGAUAAACAGUGAGUACUUGUAUACUAAUUAAAAAAUAUUGUGCAAGGUUUCAAAGUCCUUUUGUGGUGAUUCAAUUAAACUUGUUCUGGUGCAUGAAGAAAAUUAAAUUGCCCUAUUCCAGAUUUAGUUUCAGCAGCGGAUGUUCUUCCGAAAAAAAAGAAUGAAAGAAGAUAUGAUGAUUCCAGUGACGAGAGAAUAUCACCGGACAGAAUGAGACGUCGUAGCCGUGGUGCGAGGAGUCCCUCGCCAUCGGGACGAGCAACAUCUCAUGCACGUUACAUUGAAUCAGGAUCACAUCGUGAGGACUAUCAGCGUACACCACGUGAAAUCCCACCCGAAAGACAUUACUACAAGGUUCUGUGUGUGAGUUCAAUACAUCCAAAGGCUAGUGACGAAAUGAUUAAGGACACACUUUAUCGUGAAUAUAAGAAAUUUGGCGAAUUCUCCAUAAGAAUAGCGCACGAAUUGGACGAGCGUGUUGCUUAUGUGUGUUUUCGUAGUCAUGAGGACGCGAGGGACGCGAAAUAUGCAAAACCACGUGUUAUUAUUUACGAUAAACUUGCAAUUGUUGACGCUGCUUAUGAGCGUCCCGAGGCGGCGUAUCGUCGUCCCCGUUCAAUGACACCGCCCGAUUAUGAUCGUUAUUACGCGCGAUCACCGGCGCCGACCGAUAGACAUCGUCCCAUUGAGAGAUACGAUCGCGUCUAUGGACCACCGGUUGGAAUCCCACCACAUCGUGAAAUGAGACGCGAAACCUUACCACCACCACAUCACGAUUUCAUCCGACCGCCAAUGCAUCACGGCCCACCGCACGUUCAUCCCGGUGGACCUCCACAUCACUAUGGACCACCACGUCACAUGAUGGUGCGACAUCCGGUGCACGGUUUCGAACGCGUCGAGAAUAAGAAGGACAAAUUUCCAAAUUAUCUCCACCAUGUGUCGCCCGAGGACGAUCCUUUGGCAACGAGAACGCUCUUCGCCGGUAAUUUGGAGAUAAACAUCACCGAGGAGGAACUUCGCCGUAUAUUUAAUAAGUACGGAAUUGUCGAUGAUAUUGAUAUUAAACGCCCGCCACCAGGCACUGGGAAUGCGUACGCUUUCGUUAGAUUCCAAACACUGGAUAUGGCCCACAGAUGUAAGGUGGAACUCUCAGGUCAGUACAUUGGUAAAUUUCAGUGCAAAAUCGGCUAUGGAAAGGCGACCCCAACGACUAGGAUUUGGGUCGGUGGGCUUGGACCCUGGACGUCGGUGCCACAGCUCGAGAGGGAGUUCGAUCGCUUCGGCGCUAUUAAGAAAAUCGACUACAUCAAGGGUGAUAAUAACGCUUACAUUCUCUAUGAUUCGAUCGACGCGGCACAAGCAGCGGUGAAGGAAAUGCGAGGCUUCCCUCUAGGAGGUCCGGAUCGGAGACUGCGAGUCGACUUUGCCGAUGUCACGCCAGGUUACGGUUUCAAACCCCGAAUGUAUCCGGAGGAAGGCGGCGGCGAAUUCAGAUCAAGACCCGCCGACUAUGAAUCGCCUUACGAUCCAUAUCCCACCGAGGGCGAAUUCGGCUACAGUGGUGGACGUGGCUUCCGAGGAGGGAGAGGAUCAGGUCCUUGGCACGAGAGACGCGGUGGUGGUCGCGGUGGCUAUCGAGGCAGCUACCCAGAAGGCUAUGUUCGCGACGACGCCGAGUGGAACAGCAACAAUCGACGUGGCGCUGCCGGUGAGACCGAGUACGAGGGUCGUGGUGUUCGAAGAUCCGUUUCCCGUGAACCCGGCGUCGAUCGUUCACGAUCCCGAUCCCCAAGACGGCGACCAAUUGAUUCCGACUCCGACACCGAAUUGGCACGCUCCGGAAUGCUCUCCUCAUCAAGAACACUCUCGGACGUUGCCAGAAAGUCAAUCGCCGUCUGGCAGGGUGCGCUAAUUCUGAAAAAUUCCCUCUUCCCGGCUAAAUUCCAUCUGACUGACGGCGACACGGAGAUAAUCGAGUCAUUGAUGAAGGACGAGGAAGGAAAGCACAUGCUGAGAAUUACGCAGAGAUUACGCUUGGAUCAACCGAAAUUGGACGAUGUGUCGAAGAGAAUUCAAACCUCGAGUUCGCACGCCAUCUUCCUGGGACUCGCCGGUUCAAGUUCGGCUGUUACUAAUGACGACGCCAAUGUACAAACGCGACCAUUGCGCAAUUUAGUUUCGUAUUUAAAGCAAAAAGAGGCGGCCGGUGUGAUAUCGCUAUUGAAUAAAGACACCGAGGGUACAGGUGUUCUUUACGCUUUCCCACCAUGCGCUUUCUCAACCGAACUUCUUAAACGUACGUGUCCCAGUUUAAGCGAGGAGGGACUUAAAGAGGAUCAUUUGGUAAUAGUCGUCGUAAAGGGAGGUAGCGCCUAAAACUUUUUUUAUUUACAGAGAUACUUUAUAAAAUUAAAGUAAAAAAGAAUGCGAUUUUCAAAUUAUAUAUGUGUACCAAAGUCCUGUUUUUUUUUCUCAAAAACAAACAGAAGUGACAUUUUAUCUUUUUUUCAAGGAUUUUGGUACGAAUAAUUUUGCCCUCAGUAUUAUUUACUUCCGUUAAUUUUUGUGAAAUAAUCGAAAAAUUGUGUACAUUUGAGAUUAGAAGGGAAUUUAGAAAUUAUUUUUCAAUUUUUUUGCAUUCGGUCAUUUUUUCAAGUGCAAAAAUUAUUUAUUUUUCUUGAGGGCUUUUAAACUUUACCUUUUUUUCCCCAUAAAAUUGUUCGAUAAAUAGAAAAUAUUUAAA